AUGGCAGCACUUGAAGGUUUUCUCGUGGCUUCACUUCUUCUUUCUUGUUUGGCAUCGACUUCCUAUGGAGCGACCUUUUCUUCUCUUCAGAAAACUAUCGUAGUUUCUGCUUCACAUCAACAAGGAAAAGUCCUGAAAGCAGGGGAAGACGAAAUCACAGUAACAUGGUCAUACAACAAUUCCUUUCCAGCAGGCACGGAUUCAGCCUACAAAACAGUGAAACUCAAACUUUGCUAUGCACCAGUUAGCCAACAGGACAGGGCCUGGAGAAAAACUGAGGACGAUUUAGAAAAGGACAAAACAUGUCAACACAAUAUUGUUUCCAGGCCAUAUAGUCCUUCCAAAAGCAAUAUCACCUGGACAGUGAAAAGGGAUGUGCCUACUGCUACAUAUUUCGUUAGGGCAUAUGCUUACAACUCUGCAGAUGAAGAGGUGGCCAUACCUGUCUUGUGUCUGCGAGUAUAG